AUGGCAAGCGGCGAGAACGAGAGGAAUGGCGGUAAGAUCGACAAUAGAAACUCGUCUAUUCAGGACUUGCGCGAGGCAUAUGCUAUGGCUCUUACUGACGACGGGGAAAGUGGCCGGCUAUUCGACAGUUUACGCUUUGUUCCCUAUCAAAAGUUCAGAGCCGCCAACCAGAUCCCACGAUCGAGCAUGCACUUGACGGCAGAGUACACUCCCAAGUCCCACAGUAAGGAGAACUCCGAAUCUGCCGUGGAUUUUGUCGUCUUCUUCUCGUACCGGUGGAUGAGGCCUGGAAUGCUGUCCCCAGACGACGAUAACCAUACGCAAUACGGCCGGAUGCUUUUAGCAUUGGAGAGUUUCUUUGAGAUGAAUCCUAGUAUAAGCCCGCAGCGGCUGGGAGUUUGGGUGGAUUAUGCUUGCAUUGACCAAGACAAUGCCCAGGCAAGACAGAGUGGUAUAUCCACGCUGCCUUUGAUACUGGUCCAGUGCGACGCUUUGAUCAGCCUUACCAGUAACGGCUACUAUGAUCGUGCCUGGUGCACUUUGGAAGUUGACAUGGCCCGGAGCCUGAUCAUGUCCUAUGGAGUUCACAAAUGGUUUGUAUAUGAUGCAACUGAAAUGGCUGAAAUCGGAAAAGGGCCUAGAAAGCUUUACUUGCAAUCGGGCCCGAUACAGAAGCUAGCCAGCUCCCUGAGCGACAAAAAGUGCAGCCAGCCGUCGGACUGGCCUACAUUGAUAUUCCUAGAAAGGCAGACUCAGCUACUAGGUAGGGGCUGA